UCUCUUUUUCUCUUUCUUUCUUUUUUUUUCUAUAUUAACUGUAACCCGAUGAGUAGACCCGCUUCGCAUGCUGGUUCUUGGUACCAAGAGGAUGAAAAAGCACUUGAUCAAGAGCUGAACAAUUAUUUGAAUAAAGCUACUGAAGCCAUAACUACGAAAGGACAGCAACUUCCUAUUCAAGAUGUCAAGGCGAUCAUAGCUCCACACGCAGGCUUUCGAUAUAGUGGUCCAACAUCUGCAUUCGCGUACACAUGCUUUGAUACAAAAAACAUAAAGCGAGUCUUCAUCCUUGGCCCAUCUCAUGUGUGUGCUACACGAUACUGUCUACUGUCAAAAUGCAAAGAGUAUGAGACGCCACUGGGUAGUCUCAAACUAGACCUUUCAGUGAUUGAGGAAUUGUCCAAGACAGGAUUAUUUGCUGCAGCUAGUCCAAGUACUGAAAUCGAGGAGCACAGUAUUGAGAUGCAUUUGCCAUUUGUAUACAAGGCUUUCGAGAGCAAGAUAUCCGAUAUCAAGAUUAUUCCUAUUAUCGUUGGAAGUCUUGCAUCUGAUUCUAAAAAGGAAUAUGCCAAGGCACUUGCACCUUAUUUGAAGGAUUCAGAGACUUUAUUCAUCAUUUCAUCUGAUUUCUGUCAUUGGGGCAGAAGAUUCCGUUAUACCUAUUACAACGAGAGCAGAGACGACAAUGAAGCAGUUGAGUUGACCAGAUCCAAUGCCAAAAAAGUAAUCGGUAGACCCAUUCAUGAAUCCAUUGAAGAACUUGAUCAUCGUGGUAUUGAGGCCAUUGAAUCUUUGAGCUUUGAUCAAUUUGAGAGAUAUUUAAGUGUGACAGAUAAUACGAUCUGUGGCCGAAACCCGAUCGGCGUCUUGUUGGCUGCCUUGGAAGAAAUCAAGCAAGAAGGUUAUUCUGAUCAGUCUGCCAAGUGCUUAAAGUAUGCUCAAAGCGAGAGAUGUCAAAGUGUAGAAGAUAGUAGUGUUAGUUAUGCAAGUAUUUAUAUACAAGUAAAGCAAUAAAGCUGUGUGUUAUUAUUAUUAUUAUUCCCAAUUUAUUCAGUAUCAGAAACAGUGCCAAUCAAUGAAAUUUUUUUAUUUGUUAUUUUACCCCAGGCAACCCUUGAGUUGACAAACAUUUGGACAAGAAGAAUAGGCCCUAACAAAAUGUGCGUAUCAUCUUUUUUUGGAAAGAAGGCGCAUUUCAAAUUUACUUAUAGAUUCUGGAUUUUUCAAGGCCGGGACCUUUGAAUGUAAAAGAGAUUUAUAAGGACUGAGUUUACAGCUUAAAAACUAUGGUUGAUCAUUUUACCCUUUUUUUUAAUGAAAUGUAUUAAGGGGAGA